UCUCACUUUCGCUGUGUGUCUCGCGCGCACGCGCUUUCACACAAGAGGCCGAGAGGAGCCAUAAAGCCAUAAAGCUGCAGUGCCAGUCCUACUGCUUUAAUUGUCGAUAAUCUCCGAAGUUUCUCGCAUUCCUGGAGUUGCUGUGGCAGCUCUACGCAGAAGUCUAACUUAGUGCGAGCGAGCUCGGUGGGAUCGGGGCAUAUCCGGUUUGGAGAACGUGACAAGAAAGGCCUCACUACUCAUUUAUGGUCCCGCCGGUGAAUCCCCUCAUCAGUGUCAGGGCGGAGGGGAACCGUGAUUCACCGCCGCAGCGCCGGGCACUAAACUUCUGCUCAGCUUUACAGCUGAAGUCUGCGAGGCUGGACGGAAGAUCCCCGCGCAUGUCUGCUAGUGCGCAUGCUGACAAACAUGCACCUGCGCGCGUGCGUGCACAAGGAGGACACACAAACAGAGAAUCAAUUCAACGCGGAGGAUUUCUGCAGCCGCCCGUCAGUUAUGAAGGGAGAUGGGAGAAGGGAAAUAACUGUGCGCGGCAAGGCGCGCGUGUGUGUUGGGGGAAUGUCCGCGGAACCCCCCCCACACACACACACACACACACACACACACCACCACCACCACCUCUUCCUCUCUCCACAAAAAUAAGAAAAAGGCCAGCUCCGUCCGGCGCGGCUUCCCAUUGGAGAGCGCGGGGUCAGCUGGUCUGUCUCCUCACCCCAUCCCGUCCUCCCUCUGACAUAGACGCUGUCUCUCCUGCUACCGAGCCCCCGUCCUACGCUGGCACUGAGCCACACCGACACCCCCUCACCACCACCCCAUCUUCACCCUCCUCCCAAUCUGCGAUAAACUAAGUGAUAGCAGCAGUCGGACUGUCGACUAUAAAGCACAACAAAUCAUAAAGUGCGGGCAGGGGAAGGCAGAGGAAGGAGGACGGGAGGAAGAACCGUGAGCCGUAGUUUCCGUUCACUCCUCCUUCUCCUUCAUCGCUUAAACCUUGUGAUUGUGUUCGCUUCGCUCCCUCCUGUCCUCCCCUCUCCUUUUCUCCUCUCUUCUCUUCUCCUCCUUCUCCUCUUCUCCUUUAUUUACCAAUGAGUUCUUAUUUUGUGAACCCAUCCUUCCCCGUUAUACCGGGAACGGGAGGAGGCGGGCAGGCGGCGGCAGAACCGUUUCUCGGUCAGAUCUCGCUUUAUUCUUCGGGAUACGCUGACCACCCGCUCAGACACUACCCGGGGGCUGCAGCAGUCAGCGCGGCCGCAGCCGUGGCGUACAGCGCCGCCGGGGGAACCGUGCACCAGGAGAAGACCUACCCGGGGGCAGCCUACUACCAGCAAGCGGCUAACGGGGCGUACAGCGGACACCGCACCGCGGCGGCGGGAGUCGGAGUGGGGGGCGCCGUCGGAGUUGGAGCCUGCGACUACGCCUCGGCGGCUGCAGCAGCCGCGGCGACAUUUUACCGGGACAAAGAGCACCCGUGCGCUCUGGAGGAGCACCAGCUUCUGAGCCAGGACAGCAUGCAGCGCAAGGCGGAGUGUGCGGGGCUGGCGGGGAAGGGACUGUUUGCUGAAACGAUGGACGACAAGCAGGCGGCAUCCACCCCUAUUUAUCCAUGGAUGCAGAGGAUGAACGCCUGCAACGGCACCUUCGGCAGCCCCGGCAGGCGCGGGCGGCAGACGUACACGCGCUACCAGACUCUGGAGCUGGAGAAGGAGUUCCACUUCAACCGGUACCUGACGCGGCGGCGGCGCAUCGAGAUCGCCCAUGCGCUCUGUCUCACGGAGCGCCAGAUCAAGAUCUGGUUCCAGAACCGGAGGAUGAAGUGGAAGAAGGAGAACAAACUGAUGAACUCAUCCCCGACAGCUUCCUCUUCCUCGGCAGUGAAUGGUACAGAUGAAGAGGACAAACGGACGGAGUAACUGUUUGAACAGAAGAACAAACUAAAAACAUUUAGGUCACAGAGAGGAAGAAGAGGAUGGAGGAAAACCUUGCGCAGCCGUGCAGAGGUCUGUGGACCCUCUGAAAGUGGAGCCUGCCGGUUAAUUUCUCCGCCUGUGAAGCUGCAGCGCAGAGCACGGGUGGAUGACACGCCGCUGUCAAUCCCCAAAAUGCAAGCUCCAGGUGUCCCAUUCUCCAAGACCGGCCACCGUUUACUUUUCUGGAAACCAAAAAAAAAAAAAAAAGAGUUCAGCAUAGUCAGCAUGUUCCACACCAGUUUGGUUCAGGUCACGGAUUUUAUUAAACAUGUUUUUUUUUUCUUGUGUUCGAUAAUUGGGACUGUUCAAGCACUGAAACAGAAUUGGGACAAAAAGGAAAUCAGCUGUUUUCUGUUUUGUCUACCUGGAAUACAUGUCUACAUUACAUGUAGACAUAUAAACACAUCUAUAUGCACAAAAACAGAAAAUACAAUCUCGGAUAAAUAAAAAAAUAUCCGAGUUUGAACGGAUGAUAGACAGACACCAUAGGGUUUUUUUUAUUCAUCCGCACAUUUUAUUGCAUUUUUGGUUUCUGGAAAAGUAAAAUGGCAACGUCAUAUUUUUUUAGUUGGGGAGGGGAGGUCUUCAGUCAAUUUCCCUCUUUUUAUUGUUACAAAGAGAAAUAAUCAAAGUUUAAUAGAAAAUAAUCACAAUUUAACGGGGACGGUUCUUGUGCUUGUGGGACAGGAAAGACCUCAGAGCGGAAAUAUGUCGCUGCAUUCCAAGAUGAAAAAAGCUACCAAACUUUUUAUUCUAGUCAUAUAGUUUAUUUUUGUAUUCAUUUUGUCAAACUGUGAUGCACUUGAUGAGCUUCAGGACCGGGAGGGGAAGGGGGGUAAUUCUUAUCGGUGUCAACUGUUAUUUGCUCUACUUUCGUGCAAUCGCACCUUGCACGCGCUCAAAAGUCCCAUUUUCCAAAUGUUUUCUGGUGUUCGUACUGUAUCGAAAUUUAGAAAGACAAAGCCGGGGAGGAGGUGGAAGGGGGGGGGCACCUUUUGUGGGGGGACAAUCUCUCUAAGGGGGGAGCGGAACCUUUUAAAGCUGGACUUUCCAGGAGGCUGCAGACGGGUGUUAACCUACUGAUGAUGUUCUCCAAACUACCUACAAACGUUCAGGAACGUGUAUAUUUGAACAGUUAUACGUCUAAUGUUAGUGUUUUUGUCACGUAUACUACCUAUGAGAAUGUCCAAUAAAGUGUUUGGAAAGUGCA